CACACAGAACGGUGUCUAGGGAAGACAAACGCCAUCACUCCGAAUUCCCCCCUUCCUCCUUGUCCCCCAGAUUUCUGAGCUGAGCAUGAGCCCUGUGCUCUGGGGCAUCCCUGGGCUCAGCUGGGCUCGGCUGUCCUGGCUGUGUCCCCUCCCAGCUCCUUGUGCUCCCCCAGCCUCUCGCUGCUGGGCUGGGCUGAGGGGCAGAGAAGGGCUCGGCUCAGGGUAAGCCCUGCUCAGCAGUAACAAAAACAUCUCUGAGUCACCAGCACUGCAUCCAGCACAAACCCAAACCACAGCCCCACACCAGCUACUGCAAAGAAAAUUAACUCCAUCGCUGUCAAAACCAGCACAACCUGCUACACUGCAUUUUCUGCUUCCCCAGAGAGUGUUUCCAAGGAAAAAAUAAGCUAUUUUCCACGUUUCUUUAACAGCUUUUGGAAAUACAGAAUCUCUCAGCUGUCGUGUAAAGCAGGCUGGCUGGGCUGUGUUUCCCGAGUUUUUCCUCACUCGUAAUUUCAUAUAAUCCAGCUGUGUGGGGCGGCUGAAGAAAGAAGCACGGGAGAAAACCCAGUGAAAGAAAGUUCCCGUUGUUACCACGGCCGCGCUGCGAACCUGCCGCUGCGGGCCGGAACCGUGCGAGCUGCGGGCGCUCGGCGAGAGCAGCUCGGGGCAGCGCCGGGCCCUCAGGGCCGCGGCAGCCCCGGGAGCCGCCCCGGCGGGCGGGGCCGGCGCGGGGGCCGGGCCAGGCGCUCCGAGCCCGCCGGCCCCGAGCCCGCCGCCGCCAUGCCCAAGGUGGUGUCGCGCUCCGUGGUGUGCUCCGACACCCGCGACCGCGAGGAGUACGACGAUGGGGAGAAGCCGCUGCACGUCUACUACUGCCUGUGCGGGCAGAUGGUGCUGGUGCUCGAUUGCCAGCUGGAGAAGCUGCCGAUGCGGCCCCGGGACCGCGCCCGCGUGAUGGACGCGGCCAAGCACGCCCACAAGUUCUGCAACGCCGAGGAGGAGGAGAGCGUCUUCCUGCGCAGGCCCGAAGGCAUUGAGCGGCAGUUCAGGAAGAAAUGUGGCAAGUGUGGACUGCUGCUCUUUUAUCAACACCAACAGAAAAAUGCUCCUGUGACGUUCAUUGUUGAUGGUGCUGUGGUCAAAUUUGGCCAGGGUUUUGGGAAAACAAACAUAUAUACUCAGAAACAAGAACCUCCUAAAAAGGUGAUGAUGACCAAACGGACCAAAGACAUGGGCAAGUUCAGUUCUGUCACAGUCUCCACAAUUGAUGAAGAGGAGGAGGAGAUUGAAGCGAGGGAGAUUGCAGACUCGUAUGCACAGAAUGCAAAAGUGAUUGAGAAGCAGCUGGAACGCAAAGGCAUGAGCAAGAAAAGGCUACAAGAGUUGGCUGAGUUGGAAGCCAAGAAAGCCAAGAUGAAAGGAACCCUGAUUGAUAACCAGUUCAAAUGAAAUGCUGUGUAUCUGCUGGGUAUUUGGAGACAGGAGAAAACUACCAAGAGCUGUCACAGUUCUGUCAACAAAGCAGAAGUAACAGACAACGUUCAAGAGUGGCACUGUGCUGCUGCCAGCUUGGAGGAUGAGAACCCCUCUGGAUCCCUCUGUAAAGUGAUACUCUGGGUACCAAUCUUAACUUGGCACUGGAGGCUUUGCUCAAACUGCAGUUCCCUACAGACCCAGUGUUGUGAGCAGGCCAUUCCAGGCAGAAUAUUUAUUUCAAGAAAGUCUUUGCUGGGUGCCUUCCCAAGUUCACCUUUAGAUACCUGUCUUUUUAUUUUGUAGCUUUCAAAUGUGUUUCCUUGAAUACAUUAGGAUGACGGGUAACUGUACAACAAAGAAAUCCUUACAAAAGUAAGCUCUAUGCCUGUUGUUCAUUUUGUUAUUUUAAACAUAUCCAGAAGGUGCAGCAGCCUGAGCCAUGCCAUUCCAACAGUCUGGAAGGACUGGGAUGCAAGGCCUGGGCAUGGUGCUGCUGCUCACCCUGACCUGCCAGAGGCAGCCAGCACAGACUGGGCUGCUGCACUGCAGUCUCAGCUCCUGCUGAACAUCACAGGGCUGCAGUUGUACAGAAUUACACUGUCACAGCAGACACAUACCAGAGUGUAAAAUCCAAGCCUGUUUUAAACUACUGUAAAUAAAAACUGCUACUAUGGAGUUCAAAUACUUGGUUGGAAGUUACUGAUACAGCCAGUGAUUAUUAAAGAAUACAACUGCACAUCUGCACUAGCCCUUUGGGCAAAACAGUAUCAGUUUUCGGAGCUGUGAAAUGUGAAGGAAAAAUUGUUUUGUAUUUUUCCUUCUGACCACUAAGGGCUUGGAUAGACAACAUAAUACACCAGUUUUUAAAGUACCCUGUUUGGGUAAUUGUACUUUGUGCCUCUUGCAUGAUAUAAUAACAGUGUUCUCUAGCCCAUGUCUUCAUUGCUCUCUACUGGAUUAAAUAUCAUGUUACAGAUUUGAACUAAAA